AUGGGCCUUCCUACAAGGCUCAGCGAGACCCCUAUGGUACCAACAAAGUUCGCCUGCAGGAAAGUGCUCUUUGAGAUGGGGAUCAGAGAUAGCCUCGACAACUUCGCUGAACAAUUGAACUUCAAAUCUCUUUCUUCAAUGGAGCAGAGUCACUACUCCUUGUCUUAUGCCAAGUUCCUCGUAAUAUACGGAAUAAUUGGUGACACCUAUCGAACUAGUCCUUACUGGGACGACGCUGAUUUUGUCUGGAGGAACAUUGACAACGAUGAUAUCUACCACCUCAGUCUCUGCAGGAUCUCAAAGGUCAGGAACCCUACAGUCCGCUAUGCUUUGAGACUCCUAAGCAACACCAUGUUUGCAAGGCCUCAGUCAUGCCGAGCCAAGGAACCAGACUUACGAAUGGUGUAUGGAGCUACCCAAAGAUGGUUAAACAACAGAUACGGAAAGCCGCUGAACCGCCCCUGGAUGCGACCUGAAGUAGCCUCCUGGUUACUCAACCAGAUUUUUAAGGCCAAGCACGAUGCCGUUGCAACUCCAGAUAAUCAGAUUUGUAUUGGCGGUUUGCUAACCCCCAUCUUUGCCGCAUGUGGGAUUGAUUUGAACCUACAUCGGCACUUCCAACAUAUCCCCAAGAUGGACUUUGAUUAUCUGGUAGCCACUCACACCUUAGCAGGAAGGUUGUACCCAAACAAGUUAGUUUACCGUUAUAUGGAAGAUGAAGACACCCCAUUGUUGUGUUUCCUCCCCCAGCUCAAGUACUCUACAGCUGAUUGUGUUAGAAACAUGCAGUUCUCGUUACCACGAGAUCAGGUGAUCAUUGCCCCUCCUCCUCAAACCUUCGUUCCUCAAUACAACUAA